ACGAAACUCCCACCUCUAUUGCUGGCUACAAAAAUGUAAAAUUGACCAUGAACACGGACGAAAGGAACUUUAGAUCCAGCUACUACGAGAAAUGCCUGAUUAACAGCGUCGAGGAGAAGAAGUCGCUGAACAAACUGCUCCAGGAUGACAUCCGCAACCUGAACAAGUUGAAACAGUUCUGCAUGAACUACACGGUCCCCAACAUACAUAGGAGCUAUUUGUGGGCUCUGGUAAUGGGCAUUCUGCCGCUCCACAAGGCUUCCACGGCCUACAUACGCGACCAGAGGCGCGAAAUGUACGAGGAUCUGCUGCGGGCCGUGACUGUGCUCCGGUGUGCCGAACAAAAGGAUAAGGAGCUGGUCAUGCACACCAUGUGGCUCCUGGAGUCCAAUCGAUUGUGGCACGGCAACUCCAGUGCCAGUCUCCAGGCGGACGAUAUGCACUUCAUCGAGAUAGUGCGGACCCUGCGUCAGAUAUUCAACGACGACGUGGAGACCUACUGGAUUGCCAAAGGAUUCUACAAGUACACCCGCGAGCUGAAGAAGGAGUGCGUCAAGCUGAAGGAGCAGACGCAGAUUAUGCUUAAGCGGGAGGAUCAGACGUUGUUCAACCACCUGGAGGAAAUUGGCCUGUUUGAUGGAAACUCAACGCUGCUGGACAACUGGUACAUUACCUGCUUCGCCGGUGUCAUCUGUGAGACCGUUUUGGUCAAGAUCUGGGACAAAGUCUGUGGAGGCUCCCGCAAAAUUGUCGUAUUCCUGUUUGUGGAACUAGUCAAGGACAUUAAGUCCCUGAUACUCAAGCAGAAAACUCUGCCUGACUUCAAAAGACUGAUAGAAACGGUUAAGGAUCUCGACGGCGUCAUUGUGAACAAGGCCAUUAAAUCGCUGCAAAACAACAGCAGCGAAGUCGAGUACACGCACUAAACCACGUCCUUUCUGUCACCCACCGUCUGCAGUUCCAGUGUCACGGGGCACUGCAUCCAGUAGGAGAGCAGCUCCUCCGUGUAGCCAAUAAGGAAGUACAUUUUGCGUGGGGUGAUCGCCUGACGGAUGAGGGCCGCAAUUCUGAUGGUGUUGUGCUGCCGCUUGAUGAUGAUCUCGGAGCAGACGAGGGCGUGCCAGGUGCCGGUGACGAACUUGCGUAUAAACACAUCUUCGAUGGCAGUCUGCGACGGACGCAGGGCAUCCUUCAACGUGGCUAAAGAAAGGGCGCCAUGAAUAUGAAACCUUAAUAAAUUGUCUCUUACAACUUACA